AAAAAUGGUACCACCACGCAAAGAAAACAAAACAAGAACUUGCAACUUUUUGCUCGAAGUGAAGUCCGGGCCCACCUACUGCCAUGGACAUCAGUAUCGUCGCGUUUUCUCGAACGCUGAAUUCACGACAAAGAAGAAGAAGCGGCGACAUCAUGGCGAGCACGGAGCCGGGUGCAGGUAUACCUGUGACUUCGUUUUAUUCGUGCCACCGAACCCGUUCCACACGGCUACAGGCAACAACGGACGCGCUGUUCGAGGAGCUCGACAACGGCAACUUGUCCGAUGUAGACGGCGAAUUUGAUGACUCGGAUGACGAGGGUGUGCAGCAUUGUGCUUCUGAUGGACCUCGAAUGGAGAGCGACAGUGAAAGCUCCGAUGACGAGAGUGCACUGGACACAUCUGGCGGCUGGAGACAAAAAUCGUUCAAGGCACCAGACUCAACAUACACAGGUGAUGUCCACGAGGCAUCGGAACUCGGAGAGUUGUUGUCACCCUAUGAGUAUUUCAAAGCCUAUGUGCCCAAUAGUGUAUUUCUGGAGCUGGCUGAAAAACGAACCAGUACUCGGUUUUUCACGAAGGCACCUCCGUCAACACAAGCGAGGCAGAGAUAAGGCGUCUAGUCGCACUACAUCUCACAAUGGGUGUUCUACACUUCCCGAGACUCAGACUUUAUUGGAAGCCGAACAUGAAGUGCGAUCUCGUGGCGUCUGCAGGAAUGUCGCGCAACCGUUUCGAAAAGCUGCGUAAUAACCUGCACAUUGUAGAUGUGAAUCACCCUGACUCUACCGACCGUCUCUGGAAAGUGAGGCCACUGCUUGAUGCUUUCCAAAGCAAGUGUAAAUCACUCGUAGCAGAGGAACGCCUUUGCAUAGAUGAGCAGAUGGUGCCCUUCAAAGGGCGCCUUGAUAUAAAACAGUAUGUCAAAGGAAAGCCGCACCCAUGGGGCAUCAAAAUAUUUAUGCUCUGUGGCGAAUCUGGCCUUGUAUAUGAUUUUCUACCAUAUCAGGGGUCCACAACCAUGAUCGAAGACGACGUCAAACAGCGCUAUGGUGUUACAGGCGCAAUAGUUUUGCAUUUAUCUGACAGAAUUCCAUCUGGUGUGGGACACAAACUUUUUUUCGACAACUAUUUCACGUCCCUGCCACUGCUCCGUGAAAUGUUGCGUAAAAAAAUAUUUGCUGCCGGCACAGUAAGAUCAAACAGGUGCGAAAAGUGCCCUUUGAAGACUGAAAAGGAACUGAAAAAAAGUGGCCGUGGUUCUUCAGAGUGCGUUGUGAGCGCUGAUGGAAACAUAGCGAUAACAAGGUGGAUGGACAAUAGGAUUGUGACCCUUGCAUCCAAUUUUAUUGCUAUUGAGGAGGAAGACAGCGUUCGUCGUUGGAACAAGGCGGAAAAGCGUUUUGUAGACGUGAAGCGACCAGCUGUCAUUAAUGCAUACAACCGCAGCAUGGGUGGGGUCGAUAAAGUAGACUUCCUGAUUUCUCUUUAUCGAACUACCAUUCGCUCGCGAAAGUGGACCUUGAGAAUGACGUUUCAUUUUAUGAACCUCGCAGUGGUCAACGCUUGGCUUGAAUACAGGCGUGACGCCGACAAACAGAGCAUCCUUAAGCAGCUUGAUCUCCUUGACUUCACUCUAAGAGUCAUUGAGGCACUGUCAGCUGCUGGGUCGAAACCUGUGACACCCAAGAGGGGAAGGCCUUCACUCUCACCAUUGCAGGCUUCAAAGCACCCAAGAAUGGCAGAAAACAGACCUGUCCAGGAUGUAAGGUUUGAUCAGCUGGGACAUUUCCCACUUCAUGAUGACACGAGGGAAAGAAGGUGCAAGAUGGAAGGCUGCACAGGAAGAACCCGCAUAAUGUGCGAGAAAUGCAAGGUUCACUUGUGCCUAACAAAGUCGCGAAAUUGCUUCAGGGCUUUCCAUAUGCGUGUAUAACAUCUCUUUGAUCACUCUGACGAUUUUGAAUUGCCCUAUGUCCUUUUGAAUAAAGCUGUCACAUAUUUCACUUUGCAA